CCCAAGGAAUAUGUAGGGCAUGCUGGUGUCUGCGAACUUGGGAUUAAAUAUGUUUUUUAUGUAUAUGAAUAGUUUUAUAAAAUAUUACUAUCAAACAUAUUUCAACUCACAAUUCAUGAACAUAAUAUUUCUGUUGAGCCACCACAGUUUUUAACAAUUGUCUGCCUGCCUGCAGCUGUGGAGCAACUGCCUGGCAUCAUCCAGUCCUGAGGCUGUAGGCAAAUUUUCAAGGCUCUUCUAGACUGUCUGCAGAACAAAGAUCACACUGUGGCAACUAGACCACUCCAUUCUGACUUGAGGUCACAUUGGACAAGUCUCCCACUAAUUGUCAAUAGAAAAAAUAAAGGUUGAGCUGUGAUUCAAUUUCAUACGUUGUGAAUACUUCACAAACGAGAAAAAAGUCUUAAACAUGCAUCAAGACUAAGAUUGUGGUUGCUGGUUGAUUGUAUGUUUAUUUUGAUUAAGAAAAUUGUUGAACUCCUGAAUUAACUUAUUAGUUUGAACUUUGACCUAAUUUGACUCAAGUUCAAAAAUGGGAAAGCUCAAAUCCUUGCAACUGUUUUUACCAACUAUAGAAAAUGUUGUGAAGCUGCGUUCUGUUCUUCAGACUAAAACCUAUAUCAAUAAUGCCUUUACUAAGUACCUCUUGGUCACCAAUGUUUCAAUUUCCAUGGCUUUGUCAGGUUGUGGAGACCUGUUGCAGCAACAUUACAAGCUCUCAAGCAAGCCAGCUGUUGUAGCUGCUGGAGUUCACCCCUAUGAUGUUGUCCGCACAGUUAAUAUGACUGCGAGUGGUGCUUCUGUGGGAAUGCUCUGCCAUUACUGGUACCAAUUCUUGGAUCGUGCCCUUCCCGGUCGUUCAUUACGAGUGAUAAUGAAAAAACUUGCGGUUGACCAAAUACUUUUCUCGCCCGUUUGCUUGUGUGUAUUUUUCGGCUCUUUGGCUGUCUCUCGGAAAUGCAUUGCUGCUUUUACUGAUCAUGUGACUGAAAACUCUGCUAAGGUCUCUUCUCAAAAAGAUACGUCACACUCCAUAUCGUCUCAGUUAUCUAACUUCACGGAAGAUCUUCGACACAAGGGCGCGCUGAUGUACGUGUCAGAGUGGAUAGUUUGGCCUCCUGCACAACUCGUUAACUUUUAUUUCUUACCAACUCGCUUUAGAGUUCUUUAUGAUAAUACCAUAAGCUUGAUAUACGAUGUGUUUGCUUCACACAUUUAUAAUGACAUGGCGAUCGAGGACGUUCAGCUGCUGGCUUCGAGAGCCAGUAGUCUGAUAACAGGUACAGACAAUUCAAGCGAUGAAAAACUCUUGAAUAAUGAGAACUCCUCUGACAAGAAAUUGGAUUCCUCGUUGUCCUCAUUAGCUAAUUCUCACUCUCUGAUGAGCCACAAAAAUAGAUGAAAUAUGUUUGCAUAUGCUAUGGUGAAUUACUGUUUGUUUUGGGGACCUCUUAUCGGACUAUGUGCAGAGCAGUCGUAUAAUACAUACUGUAGGCUCUAAAUCUAGUUUUUUUUGUCGAAGAUAUUUUAUGUACUGCUUAUCUUCCAGAUAAAUUUUUCUCAUUUUUUGCCAGGAAUCGAUUCAGGGAAUACCUAUCAGCUACCAUUAAGAAGUAGUAUUGCUUAUUCAUCUGCAAAAGUAUUUGCUUGUUUGGCGAUUGAGGAUCGAAACUUCAUUCAUGGUGUUGAAUCAUUUAUAAAAAUAACUUUUUCUUGUGUUCGUAAACAAUAAUUCUACGCAUUGGAUUAUUGUUCCAAGCCCAACACAAUCAAUAAAAUAAACUGUACUAUUGAAGAGUU